AUGGUCCUGUGCCUGGUGCUGUUUCUCCUCGGCCAGGCCCCGGCCCUGCUGGCCACCGGCGUCUACCUCCAUGCGACCGCGAAUCCCCUACUGUCGGCCUCUGGCCCGACCACCCUGCUCACCCCGGGUGGCCGCGCCACAGUGGCCUACACACGCAUUGACAGCAGCACAUUCCAUGUGCACAUGCAGCACGACGCGAUCGGUGGGAUUUCCGAAAUGCGCUGGGGCGGUUUCCUGGACCCCACACGCACUGAUGUAGUUGGAUCUCCCCGGCCGGCCAGGCUCCCGGACGGCGAGAUCAUGUUCCUCCCCCGGCAGGACAACUUUGCUCCUCUCUUGGUGGAACACAAUUCCGCCCAUGUUGCCCUCUUCACCGGUGACGACGUCGUGGACUUCUCCCCGCCGGAAGUCCGGCUGCUGACCGGGGCGGCGUACUCCGAGUCGGAGGCCGGACUCCUGGGGCUGAUAGGUGAGCCAGGUCAGACCCAGACACUAUAUGUGGCUCUAUUUUCCGGGGCCGCCCUUUCUUCGAAGAUGUCUUUGCUAUCGCCCUUCACCAUGCCCGUGCAUGCGGCCCCAUGUCCUGGGAGGCGCUUUUUCUUGGCCUCCGGCAGUUGCUUCUACUCGAUCAUCCUUUCCGAUGACCCGUUUCUCGCCAUCGAAUCAGAUCCCCUUUCCGAAGACGUCUUGCAGGUGGUUGCAACACGCGUCCUCUCCUCGCAAGAUGACUGCCCCCAGUCCGGAGAUGUCAUCCUCCUUCUGGCCGGGGGCACCGUGCGACUGUACAAGUGUGUUGCCACCAACCUGGAGGCGUCGCUAUCAUGGGGGGCGCCUUUGCCGGGCGAGUUGUCGGCCGCCAAUGCCCGCGUCCUUGCGCCGCCAGCCGUCUCCAUGGAUGCGCCACUCGGGCACUUCUAUGUCCUCUCCGACGGUCAGGCCCCGCCGGUGGCCUUUCGCGUGGAUGUACAAAACAAUGUCCUGCAUUGGCGCAGGCUGGUUCUCCCACCGCUGGUUGACAGUGUGGCCGGGCUGCAGCUGGCUCGGCUGCGCACCAGCGCCUCGGCCAGCACCUGGGCCCUGACCACCGGCACUCUGCAGGUUCUCUUCGAUUCGGAGUCCUUCCUGUGCCCCGGCGAUGGGACCAUCAUGUGCAAUGGGCCCAACAUGGAGACGCCCUUUCCGCUGGGAUGGGGCUGCGUCGAGGGCCAAGUUGGCUCGCCCUUCCUGGUGGCCGACAAGCUUUGCGUCGGCUGCGGGGCCGGGCACCACCUCCAGCGGCCGGACGACGAGCUGCCCUUCCUCGGGACGGACCACGAAUGCCAGCCCUGCCCGAUGGCGCACUGCCUCACUUGCGACUCGGCCAAUUGCCUCGUCUGCCAGGAGGGCUACCUAUUGGAGGUCGAUUCGUCCAGCCAUCGCACCAUCUGCGUCAGUCAAUGCUCGGCGGGCUUCCUCCAAGAGGGGCUGGCCACCUGUCAGCCAAGCUGGUCGGCGCCACCCCCGGCCAAGCUCCACAUGCCCCAGGUGGAGGUCUUCCCCUCGCCACUUGACACCAUGACCGUCAUUGGAAUGGGCUCGACCCUCCUUCAGCCCUCGAGCAGCUGGCCCUUCGCCCUGAUUCCCUCCAUGACGCCCGACCCCCAUGCCGGUGUGCUGCUCUUCACCGGUGCGGGCAAAACCUUCCUCAUGCCAGCCGCCGACAUUGGCAACCCCCAAAAGGCCUCCCCGUCUCCGGUUGACCUCUUUGACUUCACGGACCUACCGGCCAUGGCCGCCUUCGCCGAGGCUGGCCCCUUUGAAUCGGCCGGGGCAAGCAUCAUGGCCAUGGUCCUGUGUGACAGCAUGGGCAAGGUGUAUCACGCGUGGCUGGGCUGCUCAAGCAUGGCGGCCUGUCCGGUGGACCAGCGGCUCCUCGAGCCGACCUUUCUCCUUCAGGAGGGCUGCUUGGGGCUUUGGCGCAUGAGUGCCGAGCAUAUCCUCCUGCAGGCGGGCGAUCAGUCGUACCGGGUUCUCCAGGCCAUUGCCUCAAGCAGGGAGUUUGUUGUCCACCACUUCCCCGACGCCACAGGCCUGGCAUACCUCCCGACCGUCGGGACCUUUCGUUCCAGUCCAAGCUUCGGCGACUGGCUCGUGCUCGCCCAAUCGCAGAAGAGACCGACCGCCGGGCCGAUGGGCCUGGUUCUGGGGGAUCCCGCUCGUUUGGCCACCCUCCGGGAGGACUUCCUGCAAGAUGUCAACACGGCUGGCUUCAACCUCGCGCCGGUGCUCCUCCGCCGGGCCGACGCGCCCUGGAGCCAGGAGCUGGUGCUGGCGGCCCUUCACGACAGCCAGUGGGUGAUCUUCCAGGUCCCGAAGGACAUGCACCCGGCCGGGCGAUCAACCGGCCUGCCCAGCACCAAGCAGGUUUUGGGCACCCUGCCGGCGGGACUGCCAGCCCCGCCAGGUGCCGCCAUGCUGCAGGCCCGCUUCCAGGCCGUUCCCCUGUACGAGCACCCGGCCUUCCCGUCGGCCCUGGUGCUGCUGGGGCGCUCCUUUGUGGGCAUCUCGCUGUUCCACUGCCCCCACGGCGUGGCCGGCACUUGCUCCCUGCGGCCGGCCACCUUCACACAAUGGCCCACGGCCCAUGCGCUGCCGGGGAGCGUGGGCUUCUGGUGGCCGGUCAUCGCCCGGCGCCCGGCGCUCGUCACCCCGGGCCCCUCCCUGGCCAUGCUACUCCUGGCGCCUGGGCAGACGCUGUCGUCCGUCUCCCUGGAUGCCCAUUGCCCUGCCGGCUUCUUCGGGCUUGAUUGCCAGCCCUGCGAUGCUUUGUGUGCCGAGUGCACCGGGCCACUGCCGACCGAUUGCACGGCAUGCGCCAUCUGGCUGCCCGGCGAGCAGGAGGCCUGCCUGGAGGCCUGUCCCAGCGGUCUGUAUCCCGAGCUGGGCCACGCCGGUGCCUGUGUGUGCCAUGAGCACUGCGACAAUUGCCAGCCCAACAGCGAUGGCCACCACACAUGCAUAUCCUGCAAGAGUGGCCAUGCUCCCAGCCUGACGGCGCCCGGCCAAUGUGACGCCUGUGCUUCCGACUGCCUGGACUGCUCGGUCCCCGGGGCCCCGGAUGCCUGUAGCGCCUGUGGCACGGGCACUUGGCUGGAUGGCGGGGCCUGCGUGCCGGACUGCCCUCCCGGCACCUGGCCGCAGAGCCAGCCUCGCGAGUGCGUCCCCUGCCCGGCGGCCUGCGUCAGCUGCACCUCGUCGACUAGCUGCACCGGCUGCAAGGCUCGGCACUUCCUGGAUGGAAACGGCCAAUGCCGGGCUUGCGACGCCUCGUGCGCCGCGUGCGCCGGCCCCACCUCCUGUACAGCGUGCAUGGGCGGCCUGGUCUUCCUGGCGACCGAUGCGAACUUGGAUUCGUUGUGCACGGCCACCUGCCCGCCCGGCGAAUUGGCCGGGCCCCAGCGGUGUGCGGCGUGCGACCGGUCGUGCGCCCUGUGCGCCGGCCAGGAGGGCGCCUGCCAGGUGUGCGCCGUGGGCUUUCACUGGACCGCCGGGCCGCCGGUGGCCCCGGCCACCACGGCCAGCUGCUCGGCCUGCCCGGCCGGCUGCGCCGCGUGCAAUGCCUCUGGCAGGUGCUUCGCCUGCGACGCCGGGCUCUUCCUGCAGAGCAGCGGGUCGUGCGUGGCAGCCUGCCCGGGGCCGACCUUCGGCGACAGCGACUCGCUCACGUGCCAGCCGUGCGACGUGAGCUGCGCCGCCUGCGCCGGGCCGGGCCCGGACGAGUGCACCGGCUGCGCGGCCGGGCUCGAGUUCCUCGACACCGGCCCGGGCACGGGCAGCUGCCUGUCCGGCUGCCCGGAGGGCCAGCAUCGCGACGCGGCCUCCGGCCUUUGCGUCGCCUGCCACCCGGCCUGCGCCACGUGCAACGGCCCGACCGACCAGGACUGCUGGCGAUGCCAUGGCGCCGUGCUCCAGGGCGGCCAGUGCCUGCAGGCCUGCGCCGCCAGGCAUGUGCCCCUGGCCGGCCGGUGCCUCCCGUGCCACGCAUCCUGCGACCGGUGCGCCGGCGUGCGGUCGGUCGACUGCCUGCCGGACUGCGCACCCGACUUGCUGGCCCUGCCGGCCGGGGCGUCGCCCAUGCGCUGCGUGCCGGCCUGCCCGGUGGGGUACCACACCUCGGGCGCCGGGUGCGCCCCCUGCGAGGCGCACUGCGCCAGCUGCCCGGCGAGCGCGGCCACCUGCGCCCUGUGCGAGCGCGGGUGGCUGCUGGAUGCGCCGAGCUGCGUGGCCGAGUGCCCCGGCUCGUCGGUGGCCCUGGGCGGGCUGUGUGCCACCUGCCACGAGUCCUGCGCCACGUGCUACGGGCCGGAGCCGGAGCACUGCCUCACCUGCGGCCCGUCCGCCCCGCUGCACCUCGACGGUGCUUGCCUUGACGCCUGCCCGGAUGGGACCUUCCGGUCGGGGUCCACUUGCCUCCCCUGCGGGGGCGCAUGUGCCACAUGCACCGGGCCCGGGCCCCAGGACUGUGUCACAUGCGCCGGCGGCCGGCUGCUGCUGGAUGGCGUCUGCCUGCCGGAGUGCCCGGCCGGGCGCUUUGCCGAGGCCGGCGUGUGCCAAGCCUGCCACGGGUCCUGCCACACGUGCGAGCAGGCCGCCGCCUGUGCCACCUGCCUGCCCGGGGCCCUGCUCCAGCCGAGCGGCCAGUGCGGGCCCGGCUGCCCGGCCGGCUGGGCUGCCUGCCCCUCGGCCGGCCAGUGCCAGGCCUGCCCGGCGCACUGCACCCAGUGCGCGGCCUUCGGGCCCGAGUGCGCGGCCGGCUGCACCGCCUGCGAGGCCGGCUUCGUCCUGUCCGGCGGCCGGUGCGCGGCCGGCUGCCAGCCCGGCGAGUAUGCCCCGGCCGGGUCUGCCACCUGUGCCCAGUGCCAUGGCGGCUGCGCCGCCUGCUUCGGCCAGGCCACCCACUGCACGGCCUGCGCCCUGGGGCUGCUCCAUUGGGAGCUCGGCCAGUGUGUCGGGGCCUGCCCGGCCGGCCAUGCCCCCUGGCAGGGCGUCUGCCUGGGCUGCCCGGCCGGCUGCGAGCAGUGCACCGCCGGCGCCGGGCAGCCCGCCUGCCAGGGCCACCCGGACGGGUCGGUCACCUGUCCGGAGGUGGCCGCCUGCGACCGGUGCGCCGGUGGGCUGCUCCUGCACCUGGGCCGGGCGUGUGUGUCGGAAUGCCCGGCCGGGUUCUUCGCCGAUCUGGCCGCCAUGCCGCCGGCCUGCGGCCCCUGCCAUGCGACCUGCGCGGCCUGCGUCGGGCCGGCCGUCGCCGAGUGCCUGACGCCACCGAGGAAGGCCGGCGGCCGGCUGGGGCUGAUCCUCGGCCUGGCGCUGGGCCUGGGGCUGCUGCUGCUGCUGCUGCUGCUGCUGCUGCUGCUGCUGCUUGUGCGCCGGCGGGCCCGCAUGAAGCCCCCCCCCGCGGACCCGGCCGAUGGGGAUGCCACCAUGCUGAACACCAUCAUGGAGCUGGCCCUGCCCGGGGCCAUCCUGGUGGACCUGGCCGCGGACUUCCACCCGCUGGCCGAGUCGGCCCUCGGGGCCGGGGCCCAGGCGUCGGUGUACGCGGCGCAGGCCGUCGGGGCCGGCAUCUCCGGCCGACUGGGCUGCCCGGACGUGGUGGCCAUCAAGCGCAUGAAGGUGCAAGCCAUGAAGCCGGUGCACCAUGCCAUGUUCCAAAAUGAGGUGGCCCUCAUGUGGCUCCUGCGCGAGCAUGCCCAUGUGGUCCGGCUGUUUGGCUACUCGCAAGCCCCGCCGGGCCUGGUGAUGGAGUGCUUCCAGACGGACCUCGGCACGCUGCUGCACUCGGACAUCCCGCUGACCUCCUGCCAGGUGCUGGACAUCUGCCAGCAGUGGGCCUCCGGGCUGGAGGCCAUGCACGCGCACGGCAUCGCCCACUGCGACCUGAAGCCGGGCAACGUGUUUGCCAGCCGGCGCCCGGACGGCGGCUGGCGCGCGGCCCUCGGCGACCUGGGCACCAGUCGCAAUCUCAAUACCGACCGGUCGUCGGUCCUCGUCAACCAGGCGCCGGAGUUGAAUGCCCUGACCGCGCGCUACGCCUCGCCCGAGAUCUUCGUCACCCUGCAGCGCGCGGUGGCCCUCGACCGGGAGGCCUUCCUCCCGGCGGACAUCUACGCCGCGGGGGUCCUCCUGUGGGAGUGCCUGGCCCGGUCGGUCCCCUGGCAUGCGCUGCGCUUGGCCUUGCUCGCCGUGGUCUGGGGGGCGACCUGGCUGCUGGUGCCGGCGGUGCUGGCCACCGGUCCAAGCCUUUUUCUCCAUGCCGCGCCCCGGCCGGUGAUGAAUGUCGAUGGCCAAAUGACUUUGGUCACCCUGCCCGGGCGGGAUACCACCGUCAACAUCGAGGCCCCCGCGCGCGAUGUCCAAGGCUACCACCAGGCCGAUGGGCUGGCCAUACUGCCGGAAGUUCGCUGGGGCCCCUUCCUCGGUCGGAAGAUGGCCUACCGGUUGGUGUCCCCGCGGCCCGACGACCUGGGCCUGGCGGCGAGGAUGUUUCUGCCGCCCCCCGCCGGAUCGACCAUGCCGGUCCUGCUGGAGUUCACCCACGCCUGGGUCGCGUUCUUUAUCGAGCCCUUUCACGUGGCCUUUCCCCAGUCGAACAUUUUCCUCCUGGCGGCAUCGGCCCCAAGCAGCAGCAGCAACAAGGCCGACCUGCUGGGGAUCGUUCCCAGCCCGAUGGUCGAGAGGUAUGCGCUGUUCGUGGGCACACUCUCUGCCGGGGCCUUGGUGAAAACCGACAUGCCGGGGGUGGCCGAGCUCGAGAGGCCGGUCCUCACGGCCGCCGGGCCGCAGCGGGUCUUCUACGUGGCAUCCGGGGGGGAGCUUCUCGCCGUGCGCAUCCCCCAGGAUGGCAUGGCCAGCAUUUCCCACACCCCGCUCGCCUGGGCGCCGACGCACCUGCUUGCCACGCGGGUCUUCUCGUCGGAGGGCGAUUGUCCGGACGCCGCGGAUGUGCUCCUCAUGUCGGCCAGCGGCGAGAUCCGGCUGCUUCCCUGCCAUGCAGGUGCAACGGCAAGCCCGGAAUUCUACCUGGCACUCCUGCCGCCUGGCAUCGGUCCCGGCGGGCGUUUCCUCAACCCCCCGGCCGUGUCGAUGGCCGAGCCGUUGCCUUUCUUGUACUACGCCGACGAGACGCUCGGGUGGGUUGACCUUUGGCGAUUGGAUGUCCGGUCGAGCGUUUCCAGCUGGCAGCGGGUCAUCCUCCCCGACAUUGCCCGGCCAGGUACCACGCACUUGGCUCGACUUCGGCUGGGCGUCCACCCGGCCUCCCGGUGGGUGCUGCUCGGGGGCAUGGUUGCCCUCUUCGAGUCGGCGGACUUCGGCUGUGGAAGUGACCCGAGCAUCGUGUGCGACGGGCCCGCGGUGUCGACCGGCUCGACGCUGGGGUGGGCCUGUGCCCCGGGGCGCGCCGAGUCGCCCCUUGUCGCGGUGGACCAAUUGUGCGCCGGCUGUGCCGAGGGCCACUACCUGCAGCGCUCGGCCGGCGAACCGCCCUUCUCCCAUCCGUCGCACUCAUGCCAGCCCUGCCCUCAGCCAAACUGUCGAACAUGCAGCGAGCUGCAUUGCCUUGUCUGCUCGCCGGGCUUCUUGCCGCAGGCCACCGGCGCGAGCGGCAGCGUCGCCUGCGUGCCAUCCUGCUCGCCGGGCUUCGCCGAGUACGCGGGCGCCUGUCAGCCCACCGGCACGCCGGCCCUCGAUGCCAUUUUGACCGUCCCCCAGCCGGAGCCCCUCCCCGGGCUGGACCCCAGCUCGGUGGUCACGGCCUUCGGCCUGACGUGUCUCAGCCCGGCGGCGUCGACCGGGCGCCCGGUCCUCCCUCUGCCAGGGGCCCCGCGCGACAGGGUCCUCAUGUUUGUCGAGGGCCAGCCAUCGCGCGUCAUGCCACUCGGCGAUGUCGGCCUGGCAGCCAAGCCGGCCCCGGCCCCGAUGUCGAUCUUCCCCAUGCCCGGGGUGGCCGGCGUGUCCUCCUUCGUGGAGCUCGGGCCCUUUCUGACGAAUGGCCAGCUGAAGGUGGCACUCAUCAUGUGCGGCCGGAAUGGGGGGACAUCGGCCGCCUGGCUGUCCUGCUGGACCCCCGGCAGCGCCGGGGACGCCGCCUGCACGGUCAGCGACCCGGUGGCCCCGAUGUCCCUCCCCGGCGGCGGCGACUGCCUCGAAGUCCGGCCCCUGGACCAGCGGCAUGUGGCCGUCCGGCUGGCCAGCUCCGAGGUGCUGGUGGUCCUGGCGGACCACAUCACCACCAGCAUCACCACCACGCGCUACCAGGCCGAGCACAUGCUCUCGGUGCCGGGCGCCCCCGCCGGUCGGGCCUACCCGCUGGGCCUUCGGCAUGAGUGGCUGCUCCUGGCCCGGGCCGGUGUCGGGGCCACGGCCGGGCCGGCGGCCCUGCCGGUGGACGACUCGCGCUGGGACGCCCUCCGGGGGCUUCUGCUGCCGGACCUGCCGAAGGACGGCCCCUUCACGCCGGUGCUCCUUCCCCGCCAGGGCGGGGCCCUGUCCCCGGAGCUGGUCCUCACGCGGCUGGACGGAUCCCUGUGGGAGGCUUUCCGCGUGCCGGGGGACAUGCUGCCAGCCGGGCGGUCCAUCGGCCUGCCCUCGGCCAGGCAGGUCCUGGGGUCUCUUCCCGGCGCGCUGAGCCCGGGGCUGCCCCACUCGCCGGAUGCCCGGUUCGAGGCCAUCUCCCUGGGGGCCUCGCACGAUGCCCAUCCCAGUGCCUUGAUGCUGCUGACGCGGGACUUCUUCGGCGUGGCCCUCCUCCGGUGCGACGCCGGCCCGGCCGCGUGUACAUUGCUUCCCGCGCGGUUUGUCCCCGUGCCGGAGCCGCUGGGGCCGCUGGCCGGCUCGCCCAUGUGGGGGGCCCCCAUCGGCCGGGUGGCCCCGUCGAAGGACUGGCUGCCUGGGGUUGCGGCCACCCUGCUGGCCGUGGCCCCGGGCUCGGGCCCGGUGUCGCUGAGCCUCCUGGCCGCCUGCCCCACCGGCGACACCUACGGCUUUGACUGCCUGCCAUGCGACAGUGGGUGUCUCCUUUGCAAUGGGCCCGGCGUGGCCGGGUGUCUGGCCUGUCGGUUUUGGCUGCCCGCCGCCCCGGACGCCUGCCUGGCGGCCUGCCCGGUCGGCACGCACCCCGCCGCCGAUGGCCAGUGCCGCUGCCACGCCACCUGCCAGACCUGCCUGCCCGACGGGCAGGGCACCUACGAAUGCGUUGACUGUCGGCCCGGCGGCGCCCGGGCCCUGGGCGGCGUGGAGCCGGGCCAAUGCUUCCCCUGCCAUGAGACCUGCGCCACAUGCUCGGUCCCCGGGGACCCGGCGACCUGCCUGGCCUGUCCCGCCGGCCGGCUUGCCCUCGGGGGCCGUUGUGUUGACUCGUGCCCGGCCGGCCACUGGGAGGACCGUGUGGCCCGGGUGUGCAGGGCCUGCCCGGCGGCCUGCACCGAGUGCCUUUCGGCCACCGAGUGCGCGGCCUGCGCCGGCCGGCACUUCCUCGGCGGCGAUAAGCGGUGUCACCCGUGUCACGGGUCGUGCGCGGCCUGCAGCACGGACAUGGCCUGCACCGCAUGCCUCGGCGGGCUGGUCUUCCUUGAGGCUGACCCUGCCACCCCCUCGCUGUGUGCGAGCGCCUGCCCGCCCGGGGAGUACAUCGGCUCGGGCAGGUGCGCGACGUGCGCCGCCUCGUGCCAGCUCUGCGCCCACAGCGGCACCAGCUGCCAGGUGUGCGCCGAGGGCCACCGGUGGGCCGCCUCGCCCCCGGGGCCCGGCGCCGGGGCCCCCUGUGUCCCAUGCCCCGAGGGGUGUGUCGCCUGCACCGCGGCACAUUGUCUGUCCUGCCAUGGGGGGCUGCUUCUGGACCCGGCCGGCCGGUGUGUGGCCGCCUGCCCGGCCGGGUCAUUCAGCAACGGCGAGUCGUGCCAGCCGUGCGACGUGAGCUGCGCCGCCUGCGCCGGUGGCAUGGCCAACCAGUGCACGGACUGUGCCACCGGGCUGGAGCUUGUCGAAGUAACCCCCGGUGUCGGCACCUGCGUGUCCGGCUGCCCGGAGGGCCAGUACCGCGCGGGGGCCGAGUGCCUGCCCUGCGACGCGGCCUGCGCCACGUGCAACGGCCCUUCGGACAAGGACUGCUGGCGCUGCGCCACCGGUGUCCUGCAGGGCGACGACUGUGUGCAGGCCUGCGCCGCCAGGCAUGUGGCCCUGGCCGGCCGGUGCCUGCCCUGCCACGCAUCCUGCGACCGGUGCGCCGGGACCCGGAGCACCGAGUGCCUGCCGGACUGCGCACCCGACUUGCUGGCCCUGCCGGCCGGGGCGUCGCCCAUGCGCUGCGUGCCGGCCUGCCCGGUGGGGUACCACGCCUCGGGCGCCGGGUGCGCCCCCUGCGAGGCGCACUGCGCCAGCUGCCCGGCGAGCGCGGCCACCUGCGCCCUGUGCGAGCGCGGGUGGCUGCUGGACGUGCCGAGCUGCGUGACCGGGUGCCCCGGCUCGUCGGUGGCCCUGGGCGGGCUGUGCACCGCCUGCCACGGGUCCUGCGCCACGUGCUACGGGCCGGAGCCGGAGCACUGCCUCACCUGCGGCCCGGCCGCCCCGCUGCACCUCGACGGUGCUUGCCUUGGCGCCUGCCCGGCCGGCACCUACCAGGCCGGGCCAGCAUGCCUCCCCUGCAGCGUCUCGUGUGCUGCCUGCUCCGGGCCCGACGGCAGCGAGUGCGUCUCCUGCCCCGGGGACCGGCUCCUCCUCGAGGGCCACUGCCUGUCCUCCUGCCCGGAGGGCUACUUCCCCCAGGGCAAUGUGUGCCGGCCGUGUGCCCCCUCGUGCCGGACGUGCCGCGCCCCGGACACAUGUGCCUCCUGCCCGGCGGGCGCCCUCCUGACCCCGGCCGGGGCGUGUGACACGGGCUGCCCGGCCGGCUGGCUGGCAUGUGCCCCAUCCGGCACAUGCGUCCCCUGCCCGGAGGGCUGCGCCGAGUGCCGGCCCGGCCAGGCGCCCUGCUCGGCCGAGUGCACUGCCUGUGCCGCCGGGUGGGUCCUCUCGGAUGGUGCCUGCCACGGGGCCUGCCCCCCGGGCCAGUACCAUCCCCAGGGUGCGGACCGGUGUGCCUGGUGCGAGCCCGGCUGCCGGACCUGCUUCGGCCAGGCGGACUCCUGCACCAGCUGCCCGGCGGGGCUGGUCCGCACCAGUGCCGGCACAUGCGCCGGCUCCUGCCCGGCCGGCUCGGCGCCCGUGGAUGCGGCCUGCCUGCGGUGCCCGGCCGGCUGCGAGCAGUGCACCGCCGGCGAGGGCCAGGCCGGCUGCACCCUCGAGGCGGAUGGCUCGCUCGCCUGCCCCGUCAUGGGGUCCUGUGAUGGGUGUGCCGGGGGCCUGUUCCUGGUGGACGGGUCGGCCUGCGUGGCGGCCUGCCCGCCCGGCACCUUCGGCCAGGAGGGGCCCCUCUCGCCGGUGUGUGCUCCGUGCCAUGUGAAGUGCCGCGCCUGCACCGGGCCCGGGGCCGAGGACUGCAGCCGGGUGCCCGGGUCACGCUCUUCGCAUGUUGGCCUGGCGGUGGGCCUGUCGCUGGGCCUGCUGUUUUUGCUGAUCCUGCUGCUUCUGCUCGUGCUCUUCCUCGUGCGCCGGCACGCCGGCAUGGCUGCCACCGGCAAGGACCCGGCGGACGCCGAGGACGCCACCAUGCUGAACACCAUCGUGGAGCUGGCCCUGCCCGGGGCCAUCCUGGUGGGCGUGGACACGGACUUCCGGCCGCUGGAUGAGCAGCUGGGCGCCGGGACCCAGGCGUCGGUGUAUGCGGCGCAGGCGAUCGGAGCUGGCAUCGCCGCGCGGCUGGGCUGCCCGGACGUGGUGGCCGUCAAGAAGAUGCGGCCCGAGGCCAUGGCCCCGGUGCACCACGCCAUGUUCCAAAAUGAGGUGGCGCUGAUCCGCCGGCCAUCGUGA